AUGGCUCCAGGCCCUCCUCUCCCUGUCUCUGAUCAUACCAUUUUCUUUUUCAAAGAAGCAAAGUCAUUUUUUACAGGUCAGAACUGUAGAAAUAAUGAGGAAGUGACACUUAUACGCAAAGCUGAUUUGGAGAACCAUAAUAAAGAUGGAGGCUUCUGGACUGUGAUUGAUGAGAAAGUGUAUGAUAUAAAGGACUUCCAGACACAGUCGUUAACAGGAAAUAGUAUUCUUGCUCAGUUUGCAGGGGAAAACCCAGUGGUAGCUUUGGAAGCUGCUUUCGAGUUUGAAGUCACCCGGGAAUCCAUGCACGCAUUUUGUGUUGGCCAAUAUUUGGAGCCUGACCAAGAAGUUGUCACCAUACCAGAUCUGGGAAGUCUCUCUUCACCUCUGAUAGACACAGAGAGGAAUCUGGGCCUGCUUCUCAGAUUACACACUUCCUAUUUAGCAAUGAGCACACCGCUGUCUCCUGUCGAGAUUGAAUGUGCCAAAUGGCUUCAGUCAUCCAUCUUCUCUGGAGUGCAGACCAGCCAGAUCCACUACAGCUACAACGAGGAGAAAGAUGAGGACCACUGUGGCUCCCAGUGGGCACACCUGCCAGCAAAUCGCGACUGCUCCCACAGACGGGCCCUGGGGGACCAUUCUCAGGUAUUUCUGCAAGCCAUUGCAGACAAUAACAUUCAGGAUCACAACGUGAAGGACUUUUUGUGUCAAAUAGAAAGGUACUGUAGGCAGUGCCAUUUGACCACACCGAUCAUGUCUCCCCCCGAGCACCCCGUGGAAGAGGUCGGUCGCUUGCUGUUAUGUUGCUUCUUAAAACAUGAAGAUUUAGGUCAUGUGGCACUAUCUUUAGUUCAUGCAGGUGCACUUGAUAUUGAGCAAAUAAAGCACAGAACGUUGCCUAAGUCAGUGGUGGAUGUUUGUAGAGUUGUCUACCAAGCAAAAUGUUUGCUCAUUAAGAUGAUAUAUUUUAAUUCUUUUUAUUCUACUCAUCAAGAACAGGGCCGUUCUUACAAGGAGGUCUGCACUCCUGUCAUCGAACGUUUGAGAUUCCUCUUUAAUGAAUUGAGACCUGCUGUUUGUAAUGACCUCUCUAUAAUCUCUGAGUUUAAAUUGUUAAGUUCUUUGCCCCAUUGGAGGAGGAUAGCUCAGAAGAUAAUUCGGGAACGGAGGAAAAAGAGAGUUCCUAAGAAGCCAGAAUCUAUGGCUGAUGAAGAAAAAAUUGGAAACGAAGAGAGUGAUUUAGAAGAAGCCUGCAUUUUGCCUCAUAGUCCAAUAAAUGUGGACAAGAGACCCAUUGCAAUUAAAUCACCCAAGGACAAAUGGCAGCCACUGUUGAGUACUGUUACAGGGGUUCACAAAUACAAGUGGUUGAAGCAGAAUGUUCAGGAUCUUUAUCCGCAGCCUCCACUCCUCAGUACAAUUGCUGAAUUUGCCCUUAAAGAAGAGCCAGUGGAUGUGGAAAAAAUGAGAUAGUGCCUACUAAAGCAGUUGGAGAGAGCAGAGGUUCGCCUGGAAGGGAUAGAUACAAUUUUGAAAUUGUAUCUGGCGAGCCAGAAUUUCUUACUUCCAUCUGUGCAGUAAGCGAUGUUUUGUGGAUGGCAAAGACUUAUUCCUGAAGGAAUCGAUAUAGGGGAACCUCUUACUGAUUGUUUAAAGGAUGUUGGUUUGAUCCCACCUUUUAAUCGGAUGCUGCUGGAAGUCACCUUUGGCAAGCUGUAUGCUUGGACUGUUCAGAACAUUCGAAAUGUUCUGAUGGAUGCCAGUGCCAAAUUUAAAGAGCUUGGUAUCCAGCCAGUUCCCCUGCAGACCAUCACCAGUGAGAACCCAUUGGGACCGAGCCUGGGGAGCAUCCCGCAAGCCCGCUUCCUCCUGAUGAUGCUCAGCAUGCUCACCCUGCAGCACAGCGCAAACAACCUCGACCUCCUGCUCAAUUCUGGCACGCUGGCCCUCACUCAGACGGCACUGCGCCUGAUUGGCCCCAGUUGUGACAAUGUUGAGGAAGAUAUGAAUGCUUCUGCUCAAGGUGCUUCUGCCACAGUUUUGGAAGCAACAAGGAAGGAAACGGCUCCUGUGCAUCUCCCUGUUUCAGGGCCAGAACUGGCUGCCACGAUGAAGAUUGGAACGAGGGUCAUGAGAGGUGUGGACUGGAAACGGGGCGAUCAGGAUGGGCCUCCUCCAGGCCUAGGCCGAGUGAUUGGUGAGCUGGGAGAGGACGGGUGGAUAAGAGUCCAGUGGGGCACGGGCAGCACCAACUCCUACAGGAUGGGGAAAGAAGGAAAAUACAACCUCAAGCUGGCAGAGCUGCCGGCCGCUGCACAGCCCUCAGCAGAGGAUUCGGACACAGAGGACGACUCUGAAGCUGAACAAACUGAAAGGAACAUUCACCCCACUACAAUGAUGUUUACCAGCACUAUUAACUUACUGCAGACUCUUUGUCUGCCUGCCAGAGUUCAUGCUGAGAUCAUGCAGAGCGAAGCCACCAAGACUUUAUGCGGACUGCUGCAAAUAUUAGUGGAAAGCGGAACGACGGACAAGACAGCUUCUCCAAACAGGCUGGUGUACAGGGAGCAACACCGGAGCUGGUGCAUGCUGGGGUUUUUGCGGAGCAUCGCUCUCACGCCGCAGGUGUGCGGCGCCCUCAGCUCCCCGCAGUGGAUCACGCUGCUCAUGAAGGUCAUGGAAGGGCACGCACCCUUCACCGCCGCCUCGCUGCAGAGGCAGAUCUUAGCUGUGCAUUUGUUGCAAGCAGUCCUUCCGUCAUGGGACAAGACCGAAAGGGUGAGGGACAUGAAAUGCCUGGUGGAGAAGCUGUUUGGCUUCUUGGGGAGCUUGCUCACUACCUGCUCCUCUGACGUGCCGUUACUCAGAGAGUCCAUGCCGAGGUGGCGCAGGGUGCACCCACAGGCCUCGCUGACUGCCACCCAUAGCAGCACAUUGGUGGAGGAGGUGGUGGCACUGCUGUGCACACUGCACUCCCUGACUCAGUGGAAUGGGCUCAUCAACAAGUACAUCAACUCCCAGCUCCGCUCCAUCACCCACAGCUUUGCGGGAAGGCCUUCUGAAGGGGCCCAGUUAGAGGACUACUUCCCCGACUCCGAGAACCCUGAAGUGGGGGGCCUCAUGGCGGUCCUGGCUGUGAUUGGAGGCAUCGAUGGUCGCCUGUGCCUGGGCGGCCAAAUUGUGCACGAUGAGUUUGGAGAAGGCACCGUGACUGGCAUCACCCCGAAGGGCAAAAUCACCGUGCAGUUCUCUGACAUGCGGACGUGUCACAUUUGCCCAUUGAAUUAGCUGAAACCACUCCCUGCCGUGGCCUUUAAUGUGAACAACCUGCCCUUCACAGAGCCCAUGCUGUCUGUCUGGGCUCAGUUGGUGAACCUCGCUGGAAGCAAGUUAGAAAAGCACAAAAUAAAUAAAUCAACUAAACAGGCCUUUGCAGGUGCUUGGAGAGCAGGGAAGGAAGACCCAGGAGGCAGAAGGUGCUUACCCAGAAGAACCGAGUGUAACACUGGGAAAGGACAAGUGGACCUGGACCUGCGUGCGAAGAAAUGUGUGAAGGUGAUGUUGGCAAAGUCAUCAAGCUGGACAGAGAUGGAUUGCAUGAUCUCAAUGUGCAGUGUGACUGGCAGCAUAAAGGGGGCACCUACUGGGUUAGGUACAUUCAUGUGGAACUUACAGGCUAUCCUCCACCCAAUUCUUCUUCUCACAUCAAGAUUGGUGAUAAAGUGCGGGUCAAAGCCUCUGUCACCACAUCGAAAUACAAAUGGGGGCUGUGACUCAUCAGAGUGUGGGGGUUGUGAAAGGUAAUAUUAUAUGGGUAAUAAAAUUCCUGAUGUUAACUUUUCAUUAAUGCAUGUGUACAUAGUAUUUCUUUUUGUUCAAGCACACAGAAAAGAAAACAAGCGUGAAGAAAGAGAUAGCAUGUUCCUUUGCUCAUCAGUGCCUUCUGCCAAAGGCCACAGAGGAACUUACCUGCAGUGAAACAAUCAGAUUUAUUAAUAUUAACUCAUUGCAGUGCAGGAGAACACACACCUUGGGGAAUGGGUGUCUCCAUCAGAGGGAGUGCGCGAGGACUAAGGAAGUUUAUGUUGGGUAUUUGCGGGAGGGGUUGAGAAAGCAGGGGUAAUUCUAAGACAGGAUGUCUUAAUAAAUUUACCUAGCAGGCAGAAAGAAUGGAGCCAUGCUAACGUCAUGAUUGGUAAGGAAGCAGUCAUUCAUAUCACCAGGAUAGGGGACUCUGUGGUUGUUUGUGGUUUGGAUUAGACUUGACUUUAAUCACAUGUGGUUAAGGAGGGGUUUUGGUUGUACCCUGAUUCAUCAGUCACAGAGUGGCCUUAUCUGAUUGUUCGUGUUCUGUAAACUUGUCCUGUCAGUUGUUCUGUGAAAUGGCCUAACAUUGACAUUAACAGGCCAGCUCCUGACUGUCAGGACUGCUUUUUCUUUCUCCUCCCAUGACCAGGCUGGAGUGCAGUGGCGCCAUCUCAGCUCACUGCAACCUCCGCCCCCGGGUUUAAACAAUUCUCCGGUCUCAGCCUCCAGAGUAGCUGGGAUUACAGGUGCCCACCACCGUGCCUGGCUAAUUUUUGUAUUUUUAGUAGAGAUGGGGUUUCACCAUGUUGGCCAGGCUGGUCUCGAACUCCUUACCUAUUGAUCUGCCCACCUCGGCCUCCCAAAGAGUUGGAAUUACAGGUGUGAGCCACCACACCUGGCUCUGUUUUUCAUGCUGUAUAAAAAUUUAGGACUGAAUUUAAGAAAUGGAAAUGUGCUAAUGAUGGGAAUUAGGAACUGGAAACAAUUCUCAGAUUAUAUUUAAUAUGAUACUAUU